CCUGGAUAUGGACGACGGGACCCUGAGCUUCAUUGUGGAUGGACAGUACAUGGGAGUAGCUUUUCGGGGACUCAAGGGCAAAAAACUUUAUCCCGUAGUGAGUGCCGUCUGGGGCCACUGUGAGAUCCGCAUGCGCUACUUGAAUGGACUUGACCCGGAACCCCUGCCGCUCAUGGAUCUCUGCCGCCGCUCGGUGCGCCUGGCCCUGGGGAAGGAGCGCCUGGGUGAGAUCCACGCGCUGCCGCUGCCCGCCUCCCUCAAGGCCUACCUCCACUACCAGUGAUGCUACAGCCGGGACCGCCAGCACGACCGCCCCCACCCACCCCAGUGCCAACUCACUGAGCCACCGCCGCGCCCCGCGCCCUGGACCGGCGUCUGCGGCAUGGAAGUCCUGCUCUUCCUCCCCAGCCUCCCCGGCUGCCCCGCCGGACACAGACUGCUCUGGACACGGGCCCCUCUGUCCCCCUUCCGGACACUGGCAGAAGUUCCCCGCAUGCCGCAUCACCGCCCCUUCUGGGAAGAGGACCCAGAGGAUAAACUCCUACACUGAGCUCCGAUCUGCUCUCGGGGUGGCCUGGGUACUCCCGCACCUGCCGGGCCCCACGGCGCCGAGAGUAGAUCCCGGGGGUGCUAAGAGGUGCUUAGAUGAGGGCCGGUGCCCGCCCAGUGGGGCAGCCGCGCCGGACGAAGCUCAGGACGUCAGAAGCUCACCGUGGCCACCGAGGCAGAAACCAAACCUGGACCUUCCCCAGGCACGUGAGCACCCAGCAUCAGUCCUGGCUGUCGGUGCCCCUGUACCCUGUAUUUAUUCUUUUAACAAUAACAAAAGCCAUUUAUUUAUUCCAUUUAGAAAGGACACCUUGUUCGGGUCACCUCUCUCUGGAGUGUUCUGUUGCUUUUCUUCCGCCUGCCCCUCCCUGGGGUGUGUGUGCCUCACCUGGCCUUUUCGCUGGGUCGUGUCUGUCGUGUGUCCCCACGUGGGCACAGGGGUGUCUUUGUUUGGGUCCCUUGACCUACAGUUUCCAGGGGGCUCUGCUCCGAGUGCCCGCGUGGGCCCCUGAGGGGGCAUCAGCCUCACGUGCAAUAUGAGUGCCUUGGGGGACCCGUCUGCACGGGCAGUGGCGGCUCCCCGUAUCUCUCCAGGCAGCCACCCAUCGCUAGGGCUCAUCCGUCUUUGCACAUGGUUUCAUUUCUUUAGUCUUCUGUGGGGUUUUUCAGUGUGGGUUGGGUUUUGUUUUUGCUUUCCUACCUGAGAUUUGCCACGUGCAUCCUCGGAAGCUCUAGCGUCUCUGAAGACCACCCGAACCGAGACGGGGGGAUGAGUGAGUCUUCAUCCCCUGAGAGGCCGGGGGCAGGGCGGGGUGGGGGAGACCAGAGCGGAGUUGCGUGUCCUAGAAGCCGGUGCAGGUCUCCGCUUGGUGCCCCUGUCCGGGUUCAUCACGGUGCCCCAGAGCCGUGAGGUGGGGCAGGGGGGUCGGGGCGGGCAGCCAGCAGGAGAGGGACGCACCCUCCCGUGCACAACUCCCCCAUGUAGCAGACCCCAGCACCCGCCUCCACAGUCACCGUUUCUUAUGUCUUGAAGUCGACUCUCUUAGGAUCUGCCUUCUGUUCAUUUCUGUACAGGUACAGUAGAUGACUUUAUUUGUUUAAAAUGUUUAAUAUAUAUGCAUAUAUAUUUGUCUGUAAGAAUUAUGUUUUAAACAGCUGCUGUAGGGUACCUUUAAAAAAAAAAAAAGUCUUCCAGUGGAGUAUAUUUUUUAAAGCACAAAAUUGGUGCCAAGACUGGGUGAGGAAUGUAAAUUACCCCCUUAUUAUUUGGAGGUUUUAUGUCCCCCAGCGGGUGGGGGGAACCUAACCUGUAAGACUUUUAAAGAUUUUCCUCACUCCUGUUUCGGGGUGGGUCAUGUUCUGAUGAAUGUUACACAUGAGAGGGUCUCACUUAUACAGAUCCCAGCCUUAUUGCCUUGACCCAGCCGUCUCCCACAGACGCUGGACAAAUCACCGGGCCCCUUGUCAUCUCUCUGCACCUCCCACCCCCCAGCUCCCUGAACCUCAACCCCACCCUUCUUUCCUCUCAGCCCAGAGCCUUGUGGCCUGUACAGUUUUGAAACUCCCGUUGAUAUUUUAUGAUGGUUGAUAAUAGUCAGUAACCUAAUAAAGGAAAGUUUAUUAAAAUA